AUGAUGAAUAACAAUAUAAAUGAUAAGAUAAAUACAAUUACAACAUACUUUAGACAUGUAUUAUACAGAGAUCCAGGUCGUGUAAGGAAUGACUUGGCAGAUGUAUUCAGAUUCUUCCCAAACUUGAUGCCUGGUAUUGGCAACUCUUAUCGAAAUAAUCAACCAAUUACAUUGAUGUAUAUGUCUGGUACUAUACCAAUUGUAUAUCAACAGGUCACUUAUCAUCUACCGGUUGUGGUUUGGAUACCAGAGAGCUAUCCAUUCGCUCCACCAUCGAUAUAUUUGGAACCGACACCUGAUAUGGUAGUUGUAACAGGUCAUCCUCAGGUGGGCGAGUCGGGUCUAUGUCAUCAUCAGUACAUGUCACAGUGGAAUUGGUCAUCGACUGUUUCACAAUGUAUCAAAUUCCUUUGUGAUACAUUCAGUUAUUAUCCACCUCUCACAUCCAAACAACAGCAACAACAGCAACAACAGCAACAGCAACAGCAACAACAACUGAAACAACAAUCACCAACACACACUCAAGCAGGUGGUGGAGGAGGAAGUGGAGGAAUACCUAUGACUGGACCUCCAGCAUACGGAACAAGACAGAGCACCAAUUGGGACGUCCCACCACCUACAUACGCCGAGUCCAUCUCUCAGGCAUCACCAAAGAACAGCUCACCAUUGAGCACGUCACCAGUCAACGCACAGUUGCUCGCAGCACAGGCCGAGCAACAAAAGAAGCAACAACAGGAGCAGCAGCAGAGACAGUUGGAGCAGCAGCAGAAGCAGCAGGAGUUGUUGGAGCAGCAGCAGAAGCAGAAGCAGGAGCAGCAGCUGGCGGCAAAGGAGAAGGCUGAGCGAGACAGGGCGUUGGAGGAGUGUGUCGAGAAGCUGCAGAUCAUGCUGUCACUCUACUACGAGACGACCACAAAGGACAUAGAGGUGGCACUCAACGAGAACGAAACCCUGAGCGACCAGACGAACAAGCUGAGCCAGGACAUUGAGAUACACUCGGACGACCUCAAGUACUAUGGCUCUUUGAUUGAGAGCACCAAGCAAAAGGUCGAGCAGUUGGACGAGUGGAUCAAGGAGAACGACAAGAGCGAGAAUGACAUUGAUAUUGACGAACACUGCUCGCCCAAGGAGCCCCUAUCGCGACAGCUUCUCUCGCUGGUCUCUGAGGACCAGACGAUCGAGGACGCGCUCUACUAUCUUGACAAGGCGCUGCACACCAACCGCAUCACACUGGAAGAGUACUUGAAGAACAUUCGAUCACUGAGUCGCGAGCAGUUCAUGAUUCGCGCCACCAUUAAGAAGAUUCACCAACAGUUGCAGUUGGCCUACGAUCAACAUGUACAGCAACAGCAGCAAUUGCACUAUCAUAAUCAACAACAUCUCCAACAGCAACAACAACAGCAGCAACAGCAACAUCAAGUGAUGCAACACCAACAAGUGCAGCAUCAGCAUCAACAGCAACAGCAACCUGCGCAACUCUACCCAUCUUAUAUU